UCCUCCUCCUCCGCCUCCUCCCGGGUCCUAGCAUGGCUUCACGCUGGCUGCUACCAGGCAUGCUAUCCAUACGUGUUGUCCGUGAGACAAUUUCCGUGUUUGUGUCUUAUUGUUUGGUGUACGGCGGCGCCGGGGCCCCCCUUUCAGUUUGCACGACAGCUUUGAAGCGAGAUGGAGGAAGGAGGAGGGGAGGGGGGGGGAGGCAAAGCCCACAAGCUCGGAGCUCGACCGGGAUGCACGCGGUGGUCCUCCCCGUGGCUCGGGCUCGUCUGGCCGGCGUGUCUCGUCUUGUUCUGACGCUCCUCUGCGGUGCACUUCCCGCACUCAAGGCCCGUCAUUGAAGUUGCUGUGUGGAGCCUCAACAUGAGGCUCACAUGAGAGGCCCUCCAUGAUGUGGAGCUAACGCCACCGGCUGCUAAACCGGCAGGAAGAGAGGUGGACGCGGUGACAUCCACAGCCCACGCAUGGCGGUAUUAGGGAACCCCGACAUGCUGACGAGGAAGAUCAAACUCUGUCACAUCAACGCCCACAUCACGUGUAGACUGUGCGACGGUUACCUGAUUGACGCCACCACCGUCACGGAGUGCUUGCACACGUUCUGUCGAAGCUGCCUGGUGAAGUAUCUGGAAGAGAACAACACGUGUCCCACAUGCAGGAUUGUUAUUCAUCAGAGCCAUCCACUGCAGUACAUCGGCCAUGACAGAACAAUGCAAGACAUUGUGUACAAGUUGGUACCCGGACUUCAAGAGGCGGAGAUAAAAAAGCAGCGGGACUUCUACCAGAAGUUGGGCAUGGAGGUGCCCGGCGACAUUAAAGGGGAACUCUGCAACAUGAAGAUGCAUCUGGACCAGCACAAUGGAGAAACCAAGUCCGAGGAAACGGCCAAUAAGGAAGCAGGAGAGGAGAAAGCAGAAGAGGACAACGACUAUCACCGUAGCGAUGAGCAGGUGAGCAUCUGCCUGGAGUGCAACAGCAGCAAACUGCGAGGCCUCAAGCGCAAGUGGAUCCGAUGCUCGGCGCAGGCCACCGUCCUCCACCUCAAGAAGUUCAUCGCCAAAAAGCUCAACUUGACCUCCUUUAACGAGUUGGACAUUUUAUGCAAUGAGGAAAUCCUCGGCAAGGACCACACUUUGAAAUUUGUCGUCGUGACGAGAUGGAGAUUUAAGAAAUCGCCCCUCCUGCUCCAUUACAGACCCAAGAUGGAUCUUCUGUAGCUCAAAAGGACAUAUACCAUUUCUUUCUUUUUUAUUUUUUUUUAUUUUGUAUCUUCUUGUCGUCGACCGUGUCCCGGUGUGCCGUUUUAACCACCGACGUGUAUGCAAAGACGAUCAACCAGCAGCGGCGAGCAAACGUCACAACAACGAAACCACACUCAACGUAAAAAAAAAAAAAAAAAAAAAAAAAAGCCAGCAACUCGGGGAGGUACCACAACACUGGCGUUGUUUCCGAUUUGUUUUUGUUGUUGUCAUUGAUUUUUGUUUAACUUUUUUUUUUUGCGCGCUACAUCCGAGAUAUGUGAAAAAGAAGAAAGGAAAAAAAAAAGAAAUGGAGAUAAAGCAUAUAUUUAUACUUUUGUACAGUUGAAGAAGAGACACAACCAUAAAAAAAAGACACUACACUGGUGCUCUGUUUACAUGCAAAUGAGAUGUCGGGGGCGGGCGGGACGGGGGGAGGGUCACGUGACCAUCUUUCAGCCAAUCGGAGCGGAGGAUGAAAAGUUUUAUAUGGUUUUGUUUUUGAAGACAAAGAUUUUCUACGCGUGUCCAUCUUAAGCUGGCUAUGGAGUAAAACGUUUCUGAAUGUGUCUUUUUUUUUUGGUGUGUUCAGGCCCCGCCCCUUUUUCCAUCCAAUUUGCUAUUGAUGAUUGUCCAUUGUGAAUAGGCUUCGUGUCGUAAUUUAUGUUCUAUAUAAUGUACAUACAAUGUGCUUAUAGGAAGCCGGGCAGCAGAGGAGUAAGAGAGACUUUUAGACUGUUAAAAACAGAACGCGUCCAGAAGUGCUAUCUAUAUCGAAAAUAUAUCUUUUUUUUUUUUUUCUGUUUAAUUUUUGUUAAAAAAUGUUUUUGUUGUUAUUUGAACAAAGCAGAUGUGCGGCAUAGACGCCCCCGCCAGCCGUCUUCUAUCCCGUCCCGUUUCUUCGGAAUGCCAGCAACGAUUCUGCGUCAUUAAAAUGCCCCCCCCCCCCCCCCCCGCCCCUGAAAUGUUUAAAAAAAAAAAGUGACACCUCUCAAAUUUUAAUGAGGGGCCAUACUUGCGUUCCCAUUUCACACGGAAAACCUGCAAAGUCGCCACAUCAGAGUGUGAAAACUCCCUGGCAGAUAUCAUACUCCACCUAUUGACACAGAGUCCAGUGAAAGUGGUCAAUCUCAGCUUUUCCCUCAUGGCUCUGGUGUGGCCAUUUUGCAGGGUUUCUGUGUGAAAGGUGAAAUGGUUGUAUCAGCGUUUUGUUUUUUUUUUUUUGUCUAUCAUUUAUCCAUAUCUAAUUUUGGACACAAGGGCCAGCAAAAGGGAAUGUAAAAGGCUGUAACGUGAGAUUCCGGCAUUAGCCGACACUUAUUACACAGAACCCAGCAAAAGGUGAUAAAUGCCACAUUAGAGAGCCAGAACAGGCAUUUAUGAAUUUACGUUUUCACACAUUUCCCAGCAAAAAUGGAUAAAUGCAGGAUCAAGACACGUGAUAGCAGGUCUGACAUGAUGGUACUCUACUUUUUGGUCAUGGAGUCCAGUGAAGGGAUAAAUGGUGGAUGGAGGGCCGUAGGAGAACAUCCCAGCGUUUAUUUACGGGGUCUCUGUGUUAAAGAGUGCACGGUUUGUGCAGUACCGGCUUGAUUGACAGGAUUUGUUCAGCUCUUUGAAAAAGACACGCUGCGAAACCGCUGCACCAAAAACCCACAAUCCCUCUCUUAUCUUUUGCCACAGGGCCCAGUAAAGGGGACAAAUGUUCCGACCCCGAUGCAGCCGUUUUACAGCGUCUCUGCGUGAAAUUGCCGACGGGGGUGCCGCCAAUCAAAUCUGCCGCGGACGUCCAUUUAAUGACACUUCACACCCGCUCUAAAGUGCCAUGUUCAGAUCAGGCAGUCCUGUUUUAUCAAUAAUUUCAUUUUAAACAAUGUGUACCAAGAACAAAAUGCUCCGUAAGAACUUUUCAUGACAGAAAUGUCGCGCGAUGCAAAUUUUCUCUCGUUUGCAUUUGGAAACCACGGUGAUGUCUCGUGGAUCAGCCAAGGGACGGAGUUGGACGUAGAAAUGUCAGACACGGUGCUCCAAAUCCAUAAGUUUGAAUUUUCUAGCUUUUUGUUGUUGUUGUUGUUUUUAUUUUUCUGGAAUUUUUAUUGGCUGACAACACAGCACACGCUCGUCGUCGUUGUUGGACACUGUUAAAAACAACCAAGUGUUAAUCUCAGUCCAGUCGUGACAUUGGUGCUUUCUCUGGUGCUAACCCGAAACCCCUGUUGGAACUGCGUAUCCCCCCCCCCCCCCUCCUUCGCAAAACCUGGCUCCUUAUUGGUUCGGUUCUGUGCUGCUUCAUUGACAGGCUGUCUGGAGUUCUUUCAUACGAGGACGUUGAAAAAAUGGCAAUUAACAAUCUUUACCUUUUCACUCACCGAUGCAGCGAUUUUUGCAGGGUUUCUGUGUGAAAGAGAAACUCAGUCAAGGGGAUGAAUGCCAGAUCUUCUGUUAGGCGUCAGUUUUCUCUUGUCACACGGAGACCCUGAAAAAUUGCCGCACUGGAGCCAUAGCAGAAAAUCCGCCAUUUCAAUCUUGGCCUUAAUGUUUGCAGCAGAAUUCAAUAAAGGGGAUGGAUAUGUACCACUUUGCAGCAUCUCUGUGUGAAAGAAGGUUGCUGCAUCAGAGCCGUAACUGAAGAUCUGUCCGGCUUUCAUACAGUCGUUACCUUUUACCAAAGAACCCAGCGAAAGGGGAACAAAAAAAAAGACGAAGGCCUGUCAAUCAACUAGCGCCGCGUAAUAAUCCAGCUCUUUGCCUCAUUUUCACUUCGACGUCCGUGAACAUUAUUUCAAUUUUUUUUUUUUUUUUUGCAUUCUGGAUUCCUGAUGUCCACGUUGACGUGUGACACACACACACACAAACAAUACGACGCGUGUGCUCUUUUUCAGGUUAGAAGAAUGAAGGACAAAUGUGCAAUAUGGCUUUUCAUGUGUGUUUCCAGUCAGGUCCUCAGGUCACAAAAUGCCUUCUCAGCGUUCACCUUUGUACCCCCCCCCCCCCCAAAAAAAAAAAUACAUCCCCUCCGCCCCUCCCCCUCCGUCCACCCUUUUGCCUCCUUUUUGUAUUAUUUAUUGCGGCUGUGUGAUGAAAGCGCUUUCCAUGGUGAACCUUUUUGGAGUUGGGGGGGGGUUGCGGCCGAGAGCGGGUCCUGAAUUUCUCAUGUUAUCUUCCCAAAAAAAAAAAAAAUUACAAAAAUGAAAAAAAAAACAACAACACAGAAGCUUUUGUCCAAACUUAACUGUGUAUUUAAUCAAUAAAUGCUUUUUAAAAGUUGCUGGCUGCUCCGUGCGCUGUCCUUUUGCUGCCUUUUGAAACAAUUCACAUAAUUAUGUGAAAUGUGACCUUUUGUUUUUUUUUUUUUUUUGGUGUGGCAGU